GUUCGGACCUCUCAGGGGUUCGGUGGUUUGAUUUCGUGGGAGCGAGGAGCGCCACAGUCAGGGACGACGAUGAGCCGAGCUGGGAGCGGGUUCGUACAGUUGAGAAGAAGAAGGCAGUAAAUGAGGAUAAAGUUUCAGGAAGAAAACAGUAAAAAACUGAGUUAUAAUUUGUCCAAAACCGUCGCGCGCGAGGACAGUAUAGGGAAAGUAAAAAGGGGAAAGGAGACAAACGGAAACAUUUUAUCCUGUUUUAGUGGGUAUGGUGACAGAGUGCAGAUGGAUUUAGUCGACCUCUACCUCCCGGAGUGUUUCAGCUAUCACUCUGACACAGAGCGUCCAGGCAGGAUGUCAGUGAGGGGCCUGGACCCCACCUGUCCCUCUUCUAUAAAGCGGGAACCUUCCAGCCCCAGCUCUCAGGGUGACGUCAGCCCGGCACAUCCCAGUCCAGGAAGCUCUUCAUCAGACACAAACUCCAGCUAUGGUCCCCUCACCAAAGGUCUCAAUCCCAACACUGGACUGGAUUCGCCAGGCCUUUAUGGUCACACAGCAGGCUUGGCCAAUAAUGAAGGAACAAACAGGAGGUUUGGGGAGGAUGAAGGCCAAGUGAAGUGUGAAUUCAUGCUGGGUUCGGUAGCAAAGCGGCUGUGUUUGGUGUGUGGUGACGUGGCCUCAGGCUACCACUAUGGUGUGGCCUCUUGUGAAGCUUGCAAAGCCUUCUUUAAGAGGACCAUCCAGGGCAACAUUGAAUACAGCUGUCCAGCAUCCAAUGAAUGUGAAAUCACCAAGAGGAGAAGAAAAUCCUGCCAGGCCUGUCGAUUUGUGAAAUGUCUCGCAGUGGGCAUGCUAAGAGAAGGUGUGCGUCUGGACCGGGUCCGAGGCGGCAGACAGAAGUAUAAGAGGAGAAUAGAUGCAGAGAACAGCCCGUAUCUGCAAACACAAAGCAACCAGCCUCAGAAAAAAACAUUUUCUGUAGGUGGUGCAGCGGAGAACAAGGUGGUAUCUCUGCUGCUGGUUGCCGAGCCAGAAAGCAUCUUCGCCAUGCCAGACCCCAUGGUACCCGAGAGCGACAUCAAGGCCCUGACCACACUGUGUGACCUCGCUGACAGAGAGCUGGUGGUCAACAUCGGCUGGGCCAAACACAUCCCUGGCUUCCCUUUGCUCUCCUUAGCAGACCAGAUGAGUCUCCUGCAGAGCGGCUGGAUGGAGAUUUUGAUCCUCCGAGUGGUGUUUCGCUCGCUGACCCUGGAGGACAAGCUGGUGUAUGCCGAGGACUACAUCAUGGACGAGGAGCAGUCCAAGCUGGCGGGGCUCCUUGACCUCAACAAUGCAAUCCUGCAGCUGGUGAAGAAGUACAAAAGCAUGGGCCUGGAGAAGGAGGAGUUUGUGGUCCUCAAAGCUAUCGCUCUUGCUAACUCGGACUCCAUGCAAAUUGAGGACUCUGAGGCAGUUCAGAGACUCCAGGAUGUCCUUCACGGGGCCCUGCAGGACUAUGAGGCUGCCCUCCACCCAGAGGAUUCCCGGCGUGGGGGCAAACUGAUCAUGACCCUCCCUCUCCUCCGUCAAACGGCCGCUCGAGCCGUUCAGCACUUCUGCAGCAUCAAACAAGACGGCCGUGUACCGAUGCACAAACUGUUCCUGGAACUGCUAGAGGCCAAAGCUUGAUCAAAACACAGAGAGCU